AUGGAUACCGUAUUUUUAGUCAUCACGAAAAACUCACCGUCCAACGCGUGGAACCACCAUGAUGUCUCCAGUGACAGACGUCCUGGAGCCUCAGUGAUGAAACUGAACGGAUCUUCGAAGCAUGCCAAAUAUGGAAAAGUCCAAAAUCAGGAAUCACCCUCUACUUGUUCCUCGGACACUGAGAACAGAACUGGAAGCUUUGAAGAUACUCGAAAGAAUAAGAAAAAGAAUUCCGGAAAUGUCCAAAAUAAAGAUUCGUCAUUUACUGGUUUCUCGGACACUGACAACAAAACUGAAAGCUUAAAAAAGAUUCAAAAGAAUCAGAACAAGGACAACACGAAAUCCAUUCAAAAGCUGAAGAAACGAAGUUACAAAAGAUUGGAGAAAGAAGAGAGCCAGGAUAAUCAGUCUCAAAGUUUGAAGAGAGCAAAAAGAUCGAAACCUGCUUUCAUAUGCUGCUCUGAGAACAUCGAUCUCUCUUAUUCGAGCUCUAAUCUGCUAUGCAAUUCUGGAUUCCAAGACUGCCGAAUCCAUCCAGAUGACCAUUUCUGGAUCCCUCACAGACAGAAUGGAGAAUUCCAGGAGGCUAUCUGUGACACGUGCUUCGAUUAUAUGGAAAACAAGAAAGGCUGGAGAAAGAAGAUAAACACAAAUGAAAAAAUGGAGGAAGUCUUCACAUGUCAAAGUUGCUCUGGACUCUGGCAUCAGUGCUGCUCAUUUUUUUAUGGAGAACCCGAAGAAUUUAUGUGCAGGAAUUGUGCUCCAGAAUCUUAUAAAUUGUUUUUGGAUACCUCUGGAUCAUCCCCUGACUCCGACUUCAUCGAGGAAAGGAUCAAUGGCUUUUUGGAGAAUGCUUUGGAACGCAAUCAGAAGUUUCAAAAGAUCUCAGUGAGAACUUACUUCAAUCCAGAGGACUACGCGAAGACAGAAGACUUGGCUCCAUCUUCCUGGGAGGAGAAGUUCAUUCGCAAGUACGGAAACGUGGUAAAAUAUGGGUCCCGUGCAAUCCACGUCUUCCAGCAACAAGAUGGUGUAGAUCAAAUAUUUUUCUCGAUCUUUGCUUCUGAAUACCGUGACCCUGUUAGAGAUGGAAAAUCGUGGUUGGUGAUUGAUUGCCUGGAUAGCAUCAAACUCUUCCAACCAGCCUCCCUUCGGACUCAAAUCUAUCGGGAAUUGAUUUUGAGCUACUUCCACUUGGCGAGAAGCAUGGAACUCCAGAAUAGCUUCCUCUGGGCGGAUCCUCCUCUUCAUGGGGAUGACUACGUUUUCAACAUAAAACCAGCCAACCAGAAAACUCCAAAAAAAAUGAAGCUCCAAAACUGGUACAUAAAAAUGAUGGAGAAAGGAAAAUCGGAUGGUAUCAUCAAGGAAUUCAGAAGCUUUGCGGAAGAGAAGGAGCUGAAGCAGUUCAAAAAACCAACAGACAUUCCGAUCUUCCAGAAAAGUCUCUGGCCCCCCUUGAUGUGCGCUUAUGAUGUCGAAGGAAAGGAGCUGUGGGAAUCGAUGUCGGUGGAGUGGAAAAUCCGUGGGUCGGAUUACUGGUUUAUUGAGUUCAAUGAGAGUGAGAAGAGUGAGCAAUUGGAGGAGAUGUGUCAAGAACGUCUUCAUCAAAUUCUUCUGAGAAAAGAAGAGAUGCAGUAUCACUGCUUCAAGAACAACUGGCAAUUCAACAAUCCGAGAAGAGCCAGAUUUGCUUCGGUUGGUCUCAUUAAUCUGAUGUAG